UCGCCGGGCGAGCCUCCUGCCCAGGAACCCUGGGUUAGAGAAGCGCUGCGGCGGCAGGCUGUGGUUUGCUCGCGCACGGGGCGUGAACAUCAGCUCCGACCACCCCGAGCGUCCAGCUAGUUCCUAGUUAGAACCAGGCCUGUGGGGGAGCGCCGGGGUCCGUACUGCUCACAACCGCCUGCGACCCCAGCCCCCGGGGAUCCCACGCCCCGUCCCCCACGGGCCUGCGCGCUCUUGCGUGCACACACACACGCCUGUAUAUGCAUACAGGCGAAAUGGAAAAGGGAGUGUCCCUAAACCACGCCACGGCGCCAGGCAUCCUUAGAUGGCUGAGCGGCGCGACGUGGGGGUGAGGCUGGUAGCGCCGUCUCUUCGCACACUCGCUGCACUCGGUGACCGGCCUGCAAUCCUCAGCGGAGCCGCGCGGGGGCGCUGCGGGGAGGCCUCGGCUCCCUGCCUGCCGUGGCGGGGCGCUGCCAGGCGGGUGCGCUGCGGGCGGCGGGCGCGGGCUCGUCCGGCCUCUCCUGCGGGGCGGGGAUGAGGCGGGGCGCCGCGCCGCACCGCGCUUCCGCAAGUGUGGAGCUGCGGGGAUGGCUACGCUGCUCCUGCAGCUGGUGGGGCUCGGCGUGGCGCUUGUGUCGGCCGCGCUCGUUCUGGUUUUCAUUGUGGCGUUUAUAACUGCUACAAAAAUGCCACCAUGUCACCGACACGAGGAAGAGAAAUUCUUCCUCAAUGCCGAAGGCCAGAAGGAAGCUCUACCCAGCAUCUGGGACUCGCCUACGAAACAGCUGUCUGUUGUCGUGCCUUCCUACAAUGAAGAAAAACGGUUGCCUGUGAUGAUGGAUGAAGCCCUGAACUACCUAGAAAAGAGACAGAAACAAGAUUCUACAUUCACUUAUGAGGUGAUCGUGGUUGACGAUGGCAGCAAAGACCAGACAUCUAAGGUCGCUUUAAAAUACUGCCAAAAAUACGGAAGUGACAAAGUACGUGUGAUAACACUGGUGCAGAACCGCGGGAAAGGUGGUGCUGUUAGAAUGGGUGUAUUCAGUUCCCGAGGAGAGAAGAUCCUCAUGGCGGAUGCUGAUGGAGCCACAAAAUUUCCAGAUGUUGAGAAAUUAGAAAAGGGGCUGAGUGAUCUACAGCCAUGGCCUGAGCAAAUGGCCAUCGCGUGUGGGUCUCGAGCUCAUCUGGAGAAAGAUUCGAUUGCUCAGCGUUCUUACUUCCGUACCCUUCUGAUGUACGGGUUCCAUUUCCUGGUGUGGUUCCUUUGUGUCAAAGGAAUCAGGGACACACAGUGCGGAUUCAAAUUACUGACCCGAGAAGCAGCAGCCAGGACCUUCUCGUCUCUGCACAUCGAACGAUGGGCAUUUGAUGUAGAACUGCUGUACAUAGCACAGUAUCUUCAAAUCCCAAUAGCAGAAGUUGCUGUCAACUGGACAGAAAUUGAGGGUUCUAAGUUAGUUCCAUUUUGGAGCUGGCUACAAAUGGGCAAAGACCUGCUUUUCAUCCGACUUCAGUAUCUGACGGGUGCCUGGAGGCUUGAGAAAACAAGGAAAGGGAGUUAGUUUGCUGCCAAGGCUGGACUGGACUGCAUUUUUAUUCCACAGUCUCACGCAAUUUUACUUGAAAUCAAGAUUUUCAAUAAAGCUUCGAUGGACCUGUUCUCACUAUCUGCCUUUGUAUGUUCUUAAGAAUUAACUGCUACGAGGAAACCAAGUGAUUUCUUUUUUUAAAUAUUUGUGUCAUAAGUUAGAUUUUCUUUUAUUUAGCAGUCUGUAUUUUGGCUCCUGUCACUUCAGGUUCUGAGACGGAUACUUGGAGACCAAAGACAGAAGCAAUUUUUUUAAAGGUACCUGCACAAUUUUUACAAUCAUGAUUAAAUCAUAACCCUGUAACAGUCAUUUAAAGAUGAAGUCGGCUGUGAGUUUAAAUACAGGUUUACCUGUUGUCAAAGAGACUUAUUUGUGACUCAGAACUCUAGGAGAUUGGAAUAAAGGCGUGAAUGCGUCUCUGUGCCAAA